AAAGCUUCAAGAUAUUGUCCAUAACACAAAGAGUAGGCAGAUUUGGGGAAACUUUUUUGGGUAGUUUUUCUUUACAAAGUGGAUAAGCAGAUAACUAGAUAAGUGUGUAAAGUCAACAAUAAGAUUAGAAAACUAAUUUAAUAAAUUGAAGUUAAUUGAGAGCAUUAGAGAAACUAAAUGAAGGUUUCGGUGGUGGUGCUGCGAAUAAUAAUGGAGCUGGUGAUUUUGUUGGAAAGGUAAAAGACUUGAGAGAGAAAAUUGUGAGAGACGGAAACGAAGCAUCACAAGACUUAUACACACACACACACUCACGCUGUUGGGGAAUCUAUCUGAGAGAAUAAGCAAAAGAGAAAAAAAGAUUUAACUUGUUUUGAUGAUGUAGAAAGGCAUGCUGAGUUACGGUUCUCCAUCUCUUCCUUGAAUCCGACGAAGAAAGUAAUAAUGGUGGCGCGGGUUUUCGUUUGGUCGGAACUUUACUUUCCCGGCAAAUCUGUUGCGCUCUUCUAAUUGUUUGUUUCCCCAAAAAUAGUUGUGAAUUAGGGUUAGUUUCCUUAUCAUUUGAUAAUUUGCUCUGUUUCUGGGUUUUUCCCCUUUUGGAUUAUCCCCAGGGUUUUGCUGUUCCAGGAAUAAAUAUAUGUCUUUUGAAAGUGUUAUCCAUUUAUUAUAUAAAUUUCCUGAAUUUGAAGCAGAGAGAGCUAAUUGUUUGCCUCUGAGUCACAUGGAAAAGAAAGAUUCUGCGGCACAUUCAACUCCAUCCUUCCUUAACACUUCCAUCUCAUGGGGACUUUCAACCGAAUCGAAUGUCGGCGGUUCUGCUGUGACUCAAUCACUGAUGCGUUUGAAGGUAGAUGCAAGACCAGAACGUCUUUUAAACACAAAUAAUUUCAGUUUCCAGGACCAGGAUUCAUCUUCAACUCUGUCCACUGCUCAAUCUUCUACCCAUGUUGCUACUAGUGGAGAUGAUGACCCCUCCAGACAUAUCUCAUUUUCAGCACAUUCUGAUAUUUUUAAAGGAUUUGAAGAAACUCAAAGGAAGCAAUUUGCAAAUCAUAUUAAAUCAGGCUCCUCCACGGCAGGAAUCGCUGAUAUUCACUUUUCUCCUUCCAAGGCUAACUUCUCAUUUCACUAUGCCGAUCCACAUUUUGGUGGUGUAAUGCCUGCGGCUUACCUACAACAGGCAACAAUAUGGAAUCCCCAAAUGGUGAGUCGAGUUCCACUACCAUUCCACCUCAUAGAAAAUGAGCCUGUCUUUGUCAAUGCAAAGCAAUUCCAUGCAAUUAUGAGGAGGAGGCAACAACGUGCAAAGCUAGAGGCGCAAAACAAAUUAAUAAGAGCCCGUAAGCCGUAUCUUCAUGAAUCUCGACAUGUUCACGCUCUUAAACGACCUAGAGGAUCUGGUGGAAGAUUCCUAAACACCAAAAAACUUCAAGAAUCUACAGACCCAAAACAAGACAUGCCAAUCCAACAGCAACAGGCAAAGGGAAACAUGUCAAGAUUCGUGGCUCACCAGCUGCAGACCAGCAAGGACCGUGGUUGUUCAACCACUUCUGGCUCUGACAUCACCUCUGCUUCUGACGGCGUUGAUCUCUUUGGACACACUGAAUUUCAGAUAUCAGAUCACCCAUCUCAGACAAACCCAACAAUGUAUGUUCAUCGUCAAUCAAAUGACAUGCAUGGAGGUGGGAACACUCAUCAUUUCUCUGUCCAUAUCUGAGACAGUGGAAUUUGGUGAUGUGUAUUUUCCCACAAAAAAAGGGAAGUCAUCCUUGGCUGCUACCUCGCUACUUCGCUAGUUCUUACUUCACACGCUUUGUCAAGAUAUCAUUUGAAUGACCAAAACCUUCAAGCUUCAACUCUUUACUUCUCGUCUGUCGUUUGUACCAUGGAUCAUUGUGUGUUAAGUCAGUGAUUGGAUUGGAGUGUUAAAUGUAAAUGUAAAUGUAAAUACUGUUAAGUCUCUGCUCUUUGCUUAUUCAUAGUUAGUAAA